UCGACGGAUUCAGAACAGUUUAUUAAAAUGUAAAAUGGAGUAGAAUUAUUACCUUCUUGAUUAUUAUUAUGUCUGUGCCGCGACGAUAUUCUGGGAAUCUUAUAAUUUAUUGUGCGUAUUAUAUCAAGAGUCGUGAUUACCUGACGGAAUUUUUAAUAAUGCAUUUAAAUGUUACAUUGUUUUUUAUCCAACACACAGAUAAAUCAUUAAAUUAGCAUGAUGAGAGUAUUACGAUGGACUAACUGUCCCUAUGAAGCCCAAAACGAUCACAUACAACGAACUGCCCAUGACAUAAUGAUCGCACAAAGAACAAGCUAUUCGAUUACCGAUUCUCUACAAAAUAAAAAAAUAUUAGUUUUUCCGUUCUAAAAAAUUUAUAGCCAUUUAUCAGUCAUGAUGGAUCGUGUGUCAAGUCGUAUUUGCAGCAAUCACGAAGGUUAUCCGGAAAAAAUAGAAAUUUACAAUGAUCGCCAAGCAAAAACGAUGAUCAAGUCUAAAAUAUCAUCGCAUAUAUUUAAGAAUCACUCUGACAGUUCUCAAAUGAUCAGAAAAAAUGAUAAAUCGUUAAAAAAGAAAAUGUUUUUUGACAAUGAAAUUUUAAAAAUAAGCAGAGGAAUGUUAUUGGUCACAUCAAUAUUGUUCUUAUGCUAUUAUGGACCCAUGCAGUAUAGUGUCUUGGAGAAUGGACAGAUCCUUCGUGGUUUUUCUUCAAGAGAAACAAUUAUGACAUUUAGUUUGGGCUAUUCUAUCUGGCAUUCCAUAAUAUCUGUUAUUGCAACUGGCAUGCUCAUUUAUUCCAUUAUCUUAAAACAGCCGCAAUUUAGUUUGCCUCUCAUGGGUCUCUUUUUGGCCGAACUUGUCUAUGAUUCCUGCGAUGCGAUUGAAAUGCUUUGGUAUCUUUUUGGAUAUCUUCGACUACAAACCGCGCUGCUUUAUGCCGCAGGAAUCCUUGUACUAAUUUUGGCAGAAAUAUGGACAUGGCUGGGUAUUCUGCGACUCUAUGAAUAUCGAAAUUUUCAAUCAUAUUAGAUGACAUUUGACAACAUCAAAACAUGAAAACAAUGGCUACGAAAAAAU